AUGGAGUCUGCAGCUCGCUUCCCCUCGUCCGAAGCGUGCGCGGAGGCAGAGCCUGCGCCUUCCUCUGCACACGAGUUCUGGCGCCGUACGGCCGCCAGAGUGUCGCAGACGCUUCUGUCGCCCGCCAGGCACCGCAGACUGAUCACGACUCUCGACCCGCUGGGGGCUGGAGCCUCUGCCUCUGCGGCGCCCGCGAGUCCCCUUGAGGGAGGCAGACGCAGCGACGCCGGCGCCUCUCGCGCGGCCGAAGACGCAGGCCGACAGGGUGAGGUCGCCCCAGCGAGAGCGAGCGUCUCUCUCUCCCCGCCCUCAGGUUCUUUAGGAAACACGCGAGGCGACUUCGGCGCCCAUUCGGCUUCACAGGCCGAGAACGAGCGCGCAAGCGCCGCGGGAAGCGUGGCACACGCCCAUCCUGCAGCCGCGCCGCCGGAGCCUCCUUUCGAGAAAACUGGAGGCGACUCGUCUGCAAAUGCCAACGCAGAGGAUCUCCUCUGCAGUGCGCUCGACUCAGGCUCCAGAGAAGGGCGCGAGAGAGGCGAAGAACUUGCGGAGGAGUGCAGGGGGGCGGAAACAUGGGCAAGGCAGCCACAAGAUCAGAACGCAGUGAAGCAGACUGUGAAGAAUGUGCGUCUGGGAAACGUCCUCUUCUCAGGCACGGUGAUCAGCGAGGAUACUGGCGUCACCACAGCUGAGGAAAAAGUAUUGCGGUUCCGUCUGCAUCUGAUCGGUCGAGAAGCGGCGGUCUCAGUUGCGGAGGUUUUCUCUUUUUCUUUCAAGGCGAGGCGCGCUUUUUCACCUCGAGUGGGUGCGGCCGAGGCGCGAAUGCAGAGGAUCAGGUUCUUCUCUACGUCGGCGACUUCCACGGCUCGAGGCUCGAAGGGCAAGGGGCGAUUUUCGUGGCGGAGUGGAGCCGUUUACGACGGCCAGGUCGCGAGAGGCCGUCGCCACGGUUUCGGCACUCUGUUCAGCUCAAAAGGCGAUAAAGAGUAUACAGGCACGUGGAAAGAUGGGCAACGCGAUGGAGAAGGAACUUUUCGCUACGACGCAGAGGGGAUCUGCGCGUACAGAGGCGCGUGGCGAAACAACCUGCGACACGGCUGGGGGAGACAGGAGUACUCUGGAGGCGUCUACGAGGGUCAGUGGAGAGCAGGGAAGCGCCACGGCGCUGGCCAGAUGGUGUGGACGGAGCUUGGCGUGCAGUACGCAGGCCAAUGGCGAGACGACUUGCCAGACGGCUGGGGCGUCCAAGUGUGGACGCAGGGGCGGUCUGGAGAGAGAGAUCCUGAGAGCGAUGACGACGUGGCGGAGAGCCAGUUGCGCCUGAAUCGCUACGAAGGCUCCUUCAAGCGCGGAGCGCGGCACGGCUUCGGCCUGUUUUGGUAUGCGAACGGAAGUCGCUACGAAGGCGUCUGGCGCGGCAACAAGAAGCACGGCCGCGCGCACUUUGUCAACGAGGCGGGCGCGGUUCACGAAGCGCUCUUCGAGAACGACCGCGUCGUGCGAAUAAGCAGCGUGAAGCCGUCGUUUGCGCUUUGCGACGAUCUCCCUUCUGGCCUGAGCAAGCCUGCGCCGUCCUCGUCCUCUUCGGCUUCCAAAAAGUCGCCGUCGCCGCAGGGGUCUAUGGCACUCGCCUUGCCCUCCGCCCUGCCCUCCACAGCCAGUGUCCAUAAAACCUUCUUCUCCUCGCUCGGAGCGAGUUCAGCGAGGAGGCUUGUGGCGCUCGACGACAUCUUCCUUCUGGAGCUGUGCAGAGGCCCCGCGGGCCCCGGGAGACCCGCGGCGCCCCCCGACAACCGCACCGCCGCGAAGCACUUCCCGGCGAGCGGCGACAAAAGUCCGCUGAGAGGCGGGGCAAGAGGCAGGCGCUGCCUAAACUGGGAGCGAGAUGAGCUGAAGGCGCUCUCCGCCGCCAGCUGGCACGAGGAGACAGAGAGGGCCUUCAGUGGAACCUACAAGUGGAUACUGCGAAACCUCAAAACGCUGCGUCGCACCUACGCGCUGUACCGGCGGAUCGCCUGCUUCCCGGGGCAAGACCCUCUGUGCAUGUCCUUUCUCCAGUUCUGGCUCUUAGCGGCAGACGCGAGGCUUCUCACCGCAGACCGGCCGCUGAGCAGGAUCCUGAGGGCGCUCGAGGUGGCAACGCAGUCGGCUCCAACGCCCUCCGAGUGUCUCAUUUCCAUUCGCGACGGCGUGCCUUCGCUUGUCUUCUGCGGGUCAGCGAAGCCUGCGGCACUGUGGGACGCAAACGCCCUCAGGGGCACCCCGCCCGGCGAGCUGCCGAACGAGGAGGCCCUCUCAACAGAAGGCUCUUCUUCACCGUGUGCAGGUCUGAAUCCACCUCCGUCUCGGAUGCCUCUCUCGUCCAUCGAGGCGCAGCCCCCCUCCUCGGCGCGGUCUUUGCAGACUCCGCCGCGCGCCGGAAGUCCUCGCGUGGGCGCCUCCGCCCCUUUGUACGUCGAGCCCGUAGAGCAGCGGCCCCUGGUGUUUCCUUCCUUUCUCCGCGCGCUCGUUCUCCUCGCGCAGGACGAUCUGCUACGCCAAGAGGCGGUUCGCGCGAGGUCGCCGCGCGGGCGCCCGGCCUCCUCGUCCUCCUCAUCGGUGCCGUCGCGCGCGACCCUCGACGUUGCGCUCUCGAGCUGCACUGUGUCGCUGCUGCAGUUCUACGAGACGUGCUUCAGCGCAGGCCGCGGCGAGCGGCGGGGCUCCGCCACGCAGAGUCGCUUCGCUGGCGGCCGCGGGAGCAGCAGCGUAUGCAGCCAGAGGAGCCCGACGAAGCGGACCAGCAGUUUCGCGAGUCGGCGCAGCAGCCUCAGCCGCAAGAUGGCCUCGCCGCACACCUUCAGGUCUCCUGCGCUCGACGCCCUCCGCCCGUUCACGAGCCCCGAAAUCCUGCAGGCCCUCGCGCCGCUGCAGCCCUGGCUCGCCCGCCGCUUCGCCUGCGCGCCUCAGGCGAGAAGCGCCGGGGAGACGAAGGCCGGGGGAGACGAGGUAGAGGGCUUGCCCCCGUACCCCCUUGGGGGAUCGCCCGAAGGCUCCUCGCAGAGCAAGUUUUCCAGCCUGCCGCGCAUGACAGGCUCCGUGUUUCUCCGAGAUCUUUUGUCGAUGCUGCACCGCUGGGGGCUUUUGAAGAAGGCGGACGACGGGGUGAAGAAGACAAAGGGAACCAGCAAGCCCCCCGACCCGUCAUUUUCGCUGCCGGCAGAAUCUCCUGAGGCUCACGAACGACUUGCGGCGCCGCCCGCAGGGCCCGACCUGCCGCCUGCGCCUCCGUCUCCAGCGCCCCCAGGCCGCCUCCCACGGGCCCCUAACGGGCCCAGCGCGGAGCCCCCCGGACCUGGCGGUCGGGGCGAGAAGGGCGGAAGAAGGCGAGGGAGCCUGGCAGCCAGCCGAGGCGACGCAAAGGCAAAAAGCCUGGCUUCGCCUUCGGGAGUGGCCCCGCCGGAGCCCGACGCGGUCGCGCCUUCAGAGGAGACAGGUGUCUCCCGUGCGGAGACUGCGGGCUCCUCCAGCGCAGGGUCGGACGAAUCGACAUCGACGAAAGCAGGAGGAGUCCGCUCAACUCCGCAAGUCUCCGUCAGCUCGCUCUUGGCUGCCGCGUUCACUGCGACGCCUUUGGCUGUGACCCCCGUGGAGGUUUUGUACUUUCUUUUCCACUUUCUGCCCGAGUUCCACGACCAGGAGGACGCGCUGCGAGCUCUCCACGAGCUCCGUGAGGAGAAGAAGCGGCGUCAUGCAGAGAAGGCGGGCAGGUCCGCCCCAAGCGCUGAAUCCGGCUCUUCGCGCCCUCCGCUCUCGCUGGCGCAGUCCCCAGUGGCGCCGACGGGUGCGUCCGCAGGACUGGCUGAGGGGGAGGAGCGUGAAGCUUCCUCGUUCGCUGCCGAAGGGAGUCCGAGCCAGGCGUCAAAAAGCGGCCAAAAAGUCAAAGAAUCGCACGCGCCUGGCCCCGCGCUGGGUCGGAGCGCCGGCGUGCCGGCAGGAUCUGCGCCCGCCACGCAUGCCGACCGAAAACGAGAGGGCAGAGAAGAAAAGGGGGUGAAGCCUCGAGGCGUGAAGGCCCUAGCCGGCGGACGAAGAGGAGGGGCGCCGCGCGUCACCAUCACCGGCGAGCGGCCCAGGAUGAUUCCAACGACCGCAAACGCGCGCGAGGAGCUCUCAGGAUCCGCGACGGGGGGGCACAAGGGCGACGACAGCCGUCCACCCCCACCGCCCCAGGAGAACGCGUCUGCGGGAAGGAGUGACGCGGCGAAGAGUGGUGUCGCAGGCAGCCCAGGAGACACCCCUGCAGCCGCGGACGGCGACCCCGGCGCCGCGAGAGACAGGGCUCUCCGAAGAGCGGGGAGUCGCGACGAGGCGCUGGGCACCAACGAGACCGGAGGUGCGGGCUCCCCACGGAUGACCGAGGGCCCGGUACGGGUAACGCCGAGAGGGGAAGAAGACGCGGAAAUGAAUCUGGAGAGGAGGAGGCCGUUUGCCACGCCAGCGGUGGAACGAAGCUACCUGAAACUCGUGCGAAAGAUCCUCGGGAAACAAGCCUCCGCCUGGGUCGACCUGGUCAACCGAGAAGUGACCGCCAUUGAAAUGAUGAUGGUGCUCCUCAAGAUUGUCGAGUUCAAGACACCCGUUCUCCUGGAGGCCCUCAUGCCCCUUCCUCUGCGCCUGUCUCUCCUCGCGUCCGCUAUCGCGGAGCACGAGGCGGCUCGAGCCGCGCGGUUGGGGGGUCCUCUACGCCUUUCCAGCGAGGCUCGCUGCAGGCCCUGUUGGCCCGUGGCCUCGCGAAGCUCCCUUCCGCCUUCUUCCUUUUUUUUGUCUCCGCCUGACGGCUCGGCGGAACUGCCGGCGAGCCUCGUCGCAAGUCUCCUCGCGCAGCUUCCCCCCGAGAGGCAGACGCCGCCCUCGCUGCCUUCCCCCUCUUGCGCCCUCUCGCAGCUGCUCGCGCUGAUGCAGAAAUCGACGACCCUCACGUGGCUGCCUGGCUCCAGCGCUCGAUACAGUCUCCCUGUCGCCCCCCGGGGCGGCGCGGCGGGCGCGUUGGGCGCCGCCCCGAGUGGCGGAGUCGAAGAGGGCGCGUCGGAGGACGUUGCGGCUGCUGCGCCGGGUGUCUCUGGGGGAUCUCUCGAAGGAGAACGCGAGGAAGGGAAUCGCUUCUGGCAGGGCUUUGACGGGGUCCGCAGCAUUUGCCGCGCGUGCGGAGAGAACGAGUGGAUGCUGUCUGCGGUGGUGAAGGCACCCCUCGUCUGCGUCAAGGCAGAGGAGGACGAAAGCGAGGCCUCAGCAGCGGUGAGGGAGGCAGACGACGACUGCAGUGACGAGGAAAACGAAGAAAGUGAAGGGACUUGCGUGGCCCACAGUGCCUCGGAUCGCGUUGAGCGUUUUUAA